CCUGCACUGUUCCGAAACUUCGUGGUCCCUCCCAGGCCAGCACCCCACGACUCUCAGGCCUGCGCACGCGAACCGCGGCGGAUCCAGAACAGACCUCGCGGAAAACUGUCCCUGGGCCAUGUCACAGAAUGAACACUGUCAGGACUCCGGUGAAUACUUCUCAGCCAGCACUCUGGGAUGCUUCAAGAACAACAUGGAGGAUAACCCUGAAGUCCGGGAAGACAGCCUGGGGGAUGAGGUCUUUGACACCGUCAACUCCUCCAUUGUGUCUGGCGAGAGCAUCCGGUUUUUUGUCAACGUCAACCUUGAAGUGCAGCCCUCCAAAUCUGACAUAGAAGCUGCAACUGGUGGCUGCGUGCUCUUACACACCUCUCGCAAGUAUCUGAAAUUAAAGAACUUCGAGGAAGAGGUCCGUGCACACCGGGACCUGGAUGGCUUCCUGGCCCAGGCCAGCAUCAUCCUGAAUGAGACGGCUACCUCCCUGGAUGAUGUGCUCCGAACUAUGCUAAACCGCUUUGCCCUGGACCCCAACCACGCAGAGCCUGACUGUGACCUGGACCUGCUCAUGGCUAAGCUCUUUACCGAUGCUGGGGCCCCCAUGGAGAGCAAAGUCCACCUGCUGUCGGAUACCAUCCAGGGAGUCACCGCCACUGUCCGAGGGGUGCAGUACGAGCAGUCUUGGCUCUGCAUCAUCUGUACCAUGAAGACCCUACAGAAACGGCACGUGUGCAUCAGCCGCCUGGUUCGACCACAGAACUGGGGGGAGAACUCCUGUGAGGUUCGCUUUGUCAUCCUGGUGCUGGCCCCACCCAAGAUGAAAAGCACCAAGACUGCGAUGGAGGUGGCACGCACCUUUGCCACCAUGUUCUCAGACAUCACCUUCCGCCAGAAGCUCCUGAAGACCCGCACAGAGGAAGAGUUCAAGGAGGCUCUGGUGCAUCAGAGACAGCUGCUCACCAUGAUGAUGCCAAGAGCCACAGGGCACAGCAUGAGCUCCCUCCAUACUCACAGACACCCCCAGCCCCCGAAAUGCAAGGACUUUUUCCCUUUUGGAAAGGGCAUCUGGAUGGACAUCAUGCGCAGGUUUCCUGUGUACCCACUGGACUUCACCGACGGCAUCAUUGGGAAAAGCAAGAGCGUGGGCAAAUAUGUCACCACCACACUCUUCCUUUACUUCGCCUGCCUCCUACCGACCAUUGCUUUUGGAUCCCUCAACGAUGAGAACACUAACGGGGCCAUCGAUGUGCAGAAGACCAUAGCUGGACAGAGCAUCGGAGGCCUCUUGUAUGCGCUGUUCUCUGGGCAGCCCCUGGUGAUACUGUUGACAACCGCGCCCCUGGCCAUCUACACUCAGGUGAUUCGAGUCAUCUGUGAUGACUACAACCUGGACUUCAACGCCUUCUAUGCGUGGACAGGCCUGUGGAACAGUUUCUUCCUGGCGCUUUAUGCCUUCCUCAACCUCAGCCUGCUUAUGAGUCUCUUUAAGAGGUCAACAGAGGAAAUCAUCGCUCUGUUCAUUUCCAUCACAUUUGUGCUGGAUGCUGUCAAGGGCAUGGUCAAAAUCUUCUGGAAGUACUACUAUGGUCACCACUACCACACAAAAAGGACUUCCUCCUUGGUGAGCCUGCUGGGCAUUGGCAGAAGCCCCAACAGCAGUCUCCACACUGCACUCAACGGCAGCCUCUUGACCAGCCCCAUAGAGAUGGCCACAACCAGCAGCCCCGGCAGCACACACUCGGGCCAGGCUACAGCGGUGCUCAGCCUCCUCAUCAUGUUGGGCACACUCUGGCUGGGCUACACCCUCUACCAGUUUAAGAAAAGCCCCUACCUGCACCCGUGUGUGCGUGAGACCCUGUCUGACUGUGCCCUGCCCAUCGCCGUGCUCUCCUUCUCCCUCAUCGGCUCCUAUGGCUUCCAGGAAAUUGAGAUGAGCAAGUUCCGGUAUAACCCCAGCGAGAGCCUUUUUGAGGUGGCGCAGAUCCACUCUCUGUCCUUCAAGGCCAUCAGCAGUGCCAUGGGUCUUGGUUUCCUGCUCUCCUUGCUUUUCUUCAUUGAGCAGAACCUGGUGGCGGCCCUGGUCAAUGCACCAGAGAACAGGCUGGUGAAGGGCACUGCCUAUCACUGGGACCUCCUGCUACUUGCCAUCAUCAAUACGGGGCUGUCUCUGUUUGGGCUACCCUGGAUCCACGCCGCCUAUCCCCACUCCCCUCUGCAUGUGCGGGCGCUGGCCUUAGUGGAGGAACGCGUGGAGAAUGGGCAUAUUUAUGAAACGAUUGUGAAUGUUAAGGAGACUCGGCUGACGGCGCUGGGUGCCAGUGUCCUGGUGGGCCUGUCCCUGCUGCUGCUACCAUUCCCUCUGCAGUGGAUCCCCAAGCCUGUGCUGUAUGGACUCUUCCUUUACAUUGCACUGACCUCCCUGGACGGCAACCAGCUCUUCUCGCGUGUGGCCCUGCUGCUCAAGGAGCAGACAUCAUACCCACCCACACACUACAUCCGGAGAGUGCCCCAAAGGAAGAUCCACUAUUUCACAGGCCUGCAGAUUCUGCAGCUGCUACUGCUCUGUGCCUUCGGCAUGAGCUCCCUGCCUUACAUGAAGAUGGUCUUCCCCCUCAUCAUGAUUGCCAUGAUUCCAAUCCGCUACAAUCUGCUACCCCGAAUCAUUGAGGCCAGGUACUUGGAUGUCAUGGACGCUGAGCAAAGGCCCUGACCUGUACCACCCUCCCCAUCCUUCAGGCCUGCUCUGUGGCAACAUAUGGGGGCAGUAGGAGCUGGCUACGGCUCUGCCCAUCCUCAUCGCUGUCUUGUGGCCUAAAGCCCCUUGGCACUGUGGUUUUCAGAGGUGUGUGCUCAUUCCUCACCCCAUUAACAUUUAGUUUGGGGUCAGAAAUGCUGUCGGGUGGGGCUGAGAAGAGUGGAUAUUCUUUUGAUAAAAGAGUUGAUGCCCAGGAGAGAGCCCAUUUCCUUGAUUGUAUAAGGAACUCAGUUGUGCACAUUAGUGAAUAAAAGUCUUGUUUCUAUGCUUUCACGUGC